AUGAGUGACUCCAAACAUGCAAUCGUCUUCGGUGCAUCCGGCCUGAUUGGCUGGGCUCUGGUAAACCAACUCCUGGGUCCUUACCCUGAUGUUGGUAGUUUUUCCAAGGUCACUGCUGUUACGAAUCGUUCCCUCGCCCUCUCCGAGUCUCAUUGGCCUAUGCCCGUAUCGCACCGGCCAGACCUCCAGCUCGUAUCAGGCAUUGAUCUUCGUAAAGGUGAUGGAGCCGCAUUGGCAGAUGUUUUGAAACAUGAAGUAGAGGACGUGGAAAGUGUUACCCAUAUCUAUUAUUUGGUUUUCACUGCCGUCAAGAACGAUAUUGAAGAAGUCGCGACCAACCUGCAAAUGUUCAAAAAUGUCAUCGACGCCCACAACUUGAUCAGCCCGAAUUUGCAAUUUGUGACAUUCCCUGGUGGGACUCGGGGGUAUGGUAUAUACAGUCCCGGUGGCACAUUCACUCCUCCUUUGAAAGAGGACAUGGUGAGCAGCCUUCCAGUCGACUACGCCAAAACUGUCGUAUAUCCAGCGUACCGCAAGCUUCUUGGUGCAGCGAGCGAAGGAAAAAAGUGGACAUGGUGCGAAGUCUGUCCAGACGCAAUUAUUGGGUUCACUCCCAACGGUUCUCAGUUUAGCUUGGCUCUACACUGGGCCCAGUAUCUGUCCCUGUUGGCCUAUAAUCAUGGAAUUGGGCCAAACACGCGAGAAACCAAUAUGGCCGAUGUCGAAGUUCCAUUCCCCGGCAACGCAGCUAGUGCCAACUCUCUUUUUUCUCCAGUGUCUAGCAAUACAAUCGCACGAUUUAUGAUCUAUGCUUCGCUGCACCCCGAAGUAUGUGGCGGCGGCCAGCUGUUCAAUAUUGCCGAUAACCAGAAGCCAUGUAAAUAUGGUGAGAUCUGGCCUCAUCUAGCAAAAUGGUUCGGCCUGAUAGGUGUGGGACCCGCUGAGAAUUCGCAUGGCCUGGAAAAUACUUUAAAGGCUGGCGAGCUCCCGCAAGCCACUCAAUUCCUGACACCUGGGGAGUAUGUCGCCGAGCACAGGGGCAAAUUCGCUGAUUUGGGGCGUUUGAACGCCGUCACUGGGGGUGUUGGUGCUGGCCAUCAGCAGCUUGACAGUGUCGGUUACUGGUUGACUUUCGAUCGCCAACUGAACUUAGAGAAGUUGAGGGCGACAGGGUUUGAGGGUGACAAAGAGCCAAUUGAUGGCUGGUUAGAAAGCUUUGAGAUGUUUAGAAAAGCUGGCUUGGUACUCUAA